GAAACCAGGAGCAGAGCGGCAGGAGGACUCACCCAGGAGGUGCAGGACGGAGACAGAGGAGCGUCUGAACGAACAGGAGCGGCAGGACGAGGAGGAACCCACCAAAACCUGCAGAAAGGAGGAGAGUGGAGGAGCUGAGGAGCAGGGAUGAUUCUGUUCUAGCGGGCGGUUCUGGAGGGUUCUGGUGGUCUGAAAGCAAACAAAAACAGAUCUGUCCCCCCCGGCCCCCCCCUCCCUGACCCCAUCAUGCCCAUCCUUAAGAACAUCCCUGUGCGCCUGAAAGGCGGCGGUCCGACUCUAGACAACGCCCUGAUCAUCCGCAGGAUGAGCCUGAACAUAACGCCGCAACACAACCCCUUUGAACACGACGACGACGACAGCCUCCACGCCGGCCACGCCCACCACUGGUCCCCCGGCAGCUCCCUCCUGGAUGGCGACGCGCCCAGAGACCGCAACCCGUUCGAGGACGAGGAGGACGAGAACGAGCUGAACGAGGGCAGAAAGGGCGGCGCCGGAGGAAAUGGGUCGGUUAAGGGCUUCAAGUUCAAGUCGCCGCUGAAGACCCUGGGGAAGCUGGGGAAGAACCUGCGCAUGUCGGGGAGGAGCAAAGGGGGCGACACCGUGUCCCCCCAAGGGACGCCGUCUCCUUCAGCCAAGAAUAAGAGAGGCCGGAGGAGCUCUGAGGGGAGUCUGCUCAGGUUCGCUGGGAAAUACCGCGACGGUCUGGGCUCGCGGAAGGAGUCCUUCGCCAACGGCGAGCCCAACUGCUCGGAGAGCGAGUGCGACUCCACCAGCCGCCGCGUGUCCUUCAUGAAGAUGGUGGGUCUGGGGAAGAUCAAGCGGGAGUCCACGGAUCGCUCGUCCCAGAGCCCCGAGGAGCCGGCGGCGCCGGAGGAGGAGGUGGUGGAGGUGGUCAAACCCAGAGAGCCGCUGUCGGUCCUGGAGAUCCUGCAGCUGGUGAAGAAGCGAGACCUGCUCCUGGCCGACACGCACAUCCUGGAGCUGGAGCAGGAGUGUACCGAGUCCGCCGAGCCGGAGGACGCCACCAGCCCCAGCGUCAAAGACGGCGGGCGCAGGAAGGCCAAAGACGUGGAGCUGCUGUACGAGGAGCUGCAGAAGGAGCUGUGGGCCGUGGUCCGGGAGUCGCUGCGCUCCCCGACAGCUGGGCCCAACCUGGGCCUGGUGGUUCAGGUCCUGCAGCAGGAAGAGCAGGCGGACAAAGACUGGGCCCUCAGUGACACCGUGGCCCCCGGGGGCCCCCGGCCACGCCGCCUCAAGCAGAGGUGGAGGGAGGCGGUGGAGGGGGCGGCCGACGGCGCGCUUCCUCAGCGGGCGGAGUUCACGGCCGGAGAGCUGGACAAGUACCUGGACAGGCUCCGAGUGCGGGUGGUGGAGGACCUGGGGGCCGCCAACAGGAACGUGGUCUCCAUCUACCCCGACGAGUACCAGCCCUUCCAGGUUUACGUGGAGAGUUACCACCAGGCGGUCGCCGGUCGGCUGAAGAGCAUCACCGACAACCAGCUGGAGAUCACCGACAUCUACUCGCUGCUGGACUGGCUGCACAACAUCUACAAACGCGACGUUCUGGGGACCGUGGCCAUCACCUGCUCGUUCAGCCGCACCCCGCUGGUACCGCUGCUGACCUCGGAGACCGUGGACAAACUGGAGCUAGACUGUCUGAACUCCGUCCGGGCGAAGGUGACCACAGAGCUGAGUCAGCUCCUGGACGAUGAGGAGAAGAGGUGGACGGAGACGCUGAACGUGGAGGAGUACCAGAUCACUCUGUCCAAAACCGUCAUCCAGAGGCUGCAGGUGGAUCUGGAACGUUCUGCCUCCAUCAACCGGAGUCUGGGAUCCAGAGUGGCCCAGUGCAGCCUCAACGGACUCGCCGACUUCCUCUACAGAGGCUUCGUGCAGCGCUGGGCGCAGUGUGACCCGGCAGUCAGCGACGACUCUCUGCGGCGAGCCAACAAGUCCCUGGAUCACAUCGUGCAGCAAGGCGUCCGGGUUCUGUCGGAGCGCCUCUUCCUGCACAUCCGGCCGUUCUUCGAGCGCCUGGUGAAGAGGAAGUGGCUGAGCAACACGGAGCCGUACGAGCAGAUCGAAGCGAUCCUCAAGGAGGAAUUCAAGAAGUACCGCAGGAUGGACAGUCCUCCGUACCAGCUGCUGGUGGCAGAGGUCCACAGGCGGGUGGUGAUGGAUUACCUGCGGUCGGUGAUGCGAGGCAGAAUCAUCUGCACCUCCGUGAAGAUGAGGAGGAGGAUGGCAGGCCGGCUCAGAGACGAAGGCAAACAGAUCAAGCUUCUCUUCAACGACCUGGAGUCUCCUUCCAGCUGGUUGGACAGCGCUCUGACUCAUAUCUCUGAGAUCAUCCAGCUGGAGGACGUCCCUUCCAUCCAGAUGGAGGUGGGGGUUCUGGUCCGAGAGUUUCCAGACGUCAGGAAGAAGCACGUGUCGGCCAUCUUGAACAUUCGGGGGACGACCCGGCAGUCGGAGCGCCAGGAGAUCCUGAACAUCGUCAAAGACAUUGAGAGCAGUGAUGCUGGCCCCGCCCCUCUGGCCCGAGACCGCGCCCUCUUCUCGGAGGUGCCUGUCACCUCGGAGGUGCACUGCCUGAACGUGGGGCUGAGCCGCAUCGCGCUCACCGCUUCGUCCUGCUUCAGUCUGCUGCGGCCGCGGCGCCCCAAAACCCGCACGCCGGUCCAGGAGAACCCCGACGACGUCCUCUGAGUCCAGAUUCUGAAACCCGAGAAAUCUGGUUCUGAUCGGAGUGGAUCUGCGGUUCCUCUAAAGGUUGAGCUCAGAGGUUCCUGACUGACGUUUCUAGUCCAGCAGGAACCUUCAGGAACAGAACCGAACCUCAUGGGGUAAACAGGACGUCCAGCAUCUGGAGGACCUUCUCUGUUUCUUUAUCACAUCUGAACUUCAUGAACGAUGUUGAGGAAAUCCACUCUGGAGGACUCGGUCAGGACUAUAAAGAGGAUCCUGGUCCUCCAGCAGCUCCAGAUGAUUCACCUGGAGUUUCAGUCGCAGGUGAAGAGAAGAAGGUUUGAAUCAAAGGUACGAUGGAGUCCGACUGCAGACACUAUUUCAGAUCUGGAGCUUCUUCUCAACUUUUCUCUCUGGAACUAAAAUGUUCUAAAACUCUGGAUUUGGACCCAAUCGUGGGUUCUGUGGAGCGUGUCAUCAUUCAGUGAUUCUGUCUGAAACCGUUGAUCUCCUUUUAACAUGUUAAACUUCUGACUAAUCCUGAUGUUUUUUCCCAUCAAGCCUUGCGUGAUUCUAUGAUCCUCAAGCAGCAAUAAAACAUUUGCAGUGGUUCAA